AGUUUUUCCACGCCUGAUGAGAAUUGCCAAGGCACAGCAAAGCCUGCAGCUUCCAUACCCGUCAUGAGAGCAAAUAACUUAUUUGUAAACCUAAGCACUUAAUUAACUAACUGGAAAACAAGGCAGUGAGUGAUUCCUGACAUGGCUGAAUUUAAGUCAAGCUGUGAAGCUCCAGGUGCAGCCAGAAAUGGAGAUGGACAACUUGAACCGAACCCUGAGAGCUUCUAAAAAGGCUUUGGACCACUGCUUCUCAGCAGUUUUUCUUAAAUUACCAAGAAAGCCUGGACCCCGGGUGAAACGGAGAAAUGGACACAAGUCCCCUGUGUUUCUCCAUUCUCUUGGUUUUAUGCAUCUUUAUCCAAUCAAGUGCCCUUGGACAAAGCCUGAAACCAGAGCCAUUUGGAAGAAGAGCUCAAGCUGUUGAAACAAACAAAACGCUGCAUGAGAUGAAGACCAGAUUCCUGCUCUUUGGAGAAACCAAUCAGGGCUGUCAGAUUCGAAUCAAUCAUCCGGACACGUUACAGGAGUGCGGCUUCAACUCCUCCCUGCCUCUGGUGAUGAUAAUCCACGGGUGGUCGGUGGACGGCAUACUAGAAAACUGGAUCUGGCAGAUGGUGGCCGCGCUGAAGUCUCAGCCGACCCAGCCAGUGAACGUGGGGCUGGUGGACUGGAUCACCCUGGCCCACGACCACUACACCAUCGCCGUCCGCAACACCCGCCUUGUGGGCAAGGAGGUCGCGGCUCUUCUCCGGUGGCUGGAGGAAUCUGUUCAAUUCUCUCGAAGCCAUGUUCACCUAAUUGGGUACAGCCUGGGUGCACACGUGUCAGGAUUUGCCGGCAGUUCCAUCGGUGGAACGCACAAGAUUGGGAGAAUCACAGGGCUGGAUGCCGCGGGACCUUUGUUUGAGGGAAGUUCCCCCAGCAAUCGUCUUUCUCCAGAUGAUGCCAAUUUUGUGGAUGCCAUUCAUACCUUUACCCGGGAGCACAUGGGCCUGAGCGUGGGCAUCAAACAGCCCAUAGGACACUAUGACUUCUAUCCCAACGGGGGCUCCUUCCAGCCUGGCUGCCACUUCCUAGAGCUCUACAGACAUAUUGCCCAGCACGGCUUCAAUGCCAUCACCCAGACCAUAAAAUGCUCCCACGAGCGAUCGGUGCACCUUUUCAUCGACUCCUUGCUGCACGCCGGCACGCAGAGCAUGGCCUACCUGUGUGGUGACAUGAACAGCUUCAGCCAGGGCCUGUGCCUGAGCUGCAAGAAGGGCCGCUGCAACACGCUGGGCUACCACGUCCGCCAGGAGCCGCGGAGCAAGAGCAAGAGGCUCUUCCUCGUAACGCGAGCCCAGUCCCCCUUCAAAGUUUAUCAUUACCAGUUCAAGAUCCAAUUCAUCAACCAAACUGAGACGCCAAUACAAACAACUUUUACCAUGUCACUACUCGGAACAAAAGAGAAAAUGCAGAAAAUUCCCAUCACUCUGGGCAAAGGAAUUGCUAGUAAUAAAACGUAUUCCUUUCUUAUCACGCUGGAUGUGGAUAUCGGCGAGCUGAUCAUGAUCAAGUUCAAGUGGGAAAACAGUGCAGUGUGGGCCAAUGUCUGGAACACGGUCCAGACUAUCAUCCCAUGGAGCACAGGGCCGCGCCACUCAGGCCUCGUUCUGAAGACGAUCAGAGUCAAAGCAGGAGAAACCCAGCAAAGAAUGACGUUUUGUUCAGAAAACACAGAUGACCUACUACUUCGCCCAACCCAGGAAAAAAUCUUCGUGAAAUGUGAAAUAAAGUCUAAAACAUCAAAGCGAAAGAUCAGAUGAGAUUUAAUGAAGACCCAGUGUAAAGAAUAAAUGAAUCUUACUCCUUA